GCAGCCAUUCCCGCUUCUGGGGACUACAGAGAGGAACGUUUGCCCAGGUCAUGACAGACCCUGCUCUGUUUGCAGUGGGAGGGUCCCAGGAGCUUCUCAUCAAGGAAGCGGCCAGAAGAGAGGUCCCGGGAGCCUCCUGAGCAGGCCGGCCGGUCGGGGCGAGGGGAGCACACUUGUUUCAGGUGUCCUGGUCCUGUCCUGGUACCCGCCUGGUAUGGCUGAUGAUAAUGGGGAACCCUCAGACGACUUGGUGCCUGCCAUUCUGGACACCGCCCACCAGUACAACAUUCAGGUGGCCUUCCAUAUCCAACCCUACAAGGGCCGGGAUGACAUCACUGUACACGACAAUGUCAAGUACAUCAUCGACACGUAUGGCUCCCACGGUGCAUUUUACCGCUACCAGAACAGCAUGGGCAAGAGCCUCCCACUCUUUUAUGUCUACGACUCAUACCUGACAUCCCCUGAGGCCUGGGCUCACCUCCUGACGCCGAGCGGGCCCCACUCCAUCCGCAAUACCCCCUACGAUGGGGUCUUCAUAGCGCUGCUGGUGGAGGAGGGCCACACCCACGACAUCCUGGCUGCAGGAUUUGAUGGCAUGUACACCUACUUCGCUUCCAACGGCUUCUCCUUUGGCUCCUCCCACCAGAACUGGAAAGCUGUGAAGAACUUUUGUGAUGCCAACAACCUCAUGUUCAUUCCCAGCGUGGGGCCUGGCUACAUUGACACCAGCAUCCGGCCCUGGAACAACCACAACACGCGGAACAGGGUCAACGGCAAGUACUAUGAGACGGCCCUGCAGGCGGCCCUGACGGUGAGGCCCGAGAUCGUCUCCAUCACCUCUUUCAACGAGUGGCACGAGGGCACCCAGAUUGAGAAGGCCAUCCCCAAGAAGACGCCGACUCGCCUGUAUUUGGACUACCUGCCUCAUCAGCCCAGCCUCUACCUGGAGCUGACCCGCCGCUGGGCAGAGCACUUCAUCAAAGAGAAGGAGCAGUGGCUGAUGUGAGGGCCUCGGUGGGGCAGGAGGUGCUGAUGUCCCAGCUUCUCGGGGAGAUGCUGCCAUGAGGGGCUCAGCUGCAGCCACGGGCAUGAGCUUGUCCCCAACUCCCCAACUGGGUGCUUCUGGGUAGACCGUUGGCCUGUUCCUCAGGCCAGUGGUGCAGGGUGCUCUGUAGCCAUGAGAAGAGGUGGUGUUCUAGAGGGAACUGAAGAGGCUGGCAGGUACCUGGACUCAGCCAGGGCCACUCCACAUCCUCAGCACUCAGAAUCCCCUCCGGCUUUGAACUGAGGCAGAUUGGUGCUGGGGGAUGGAACCUGCCAAUGCUCUCGGAAGGGCGUUGGGGUUCAGGGCUGGUAUGCAACCCUGCUCCCUCCUGUCAGCCUGCGUCCUCUUCAGGCCUCCUUCCCACGUCGUUUGUCUUCUGAGCUAGGAAACCAUUAUUGGAUGCUUUCCAAAAGGGAAUUUCUAGGUGUAAGCUCCUCCCAGUAGAUUCCUAACCUCAAUCACCAGGAACUAACCCUGAGCAUUCGUUCCCACAUUCACGCACCACCCACUGAUGAAGCACCUCACUCUGUGCUGCGUGCUGGGAAAACCUGACCGAGGAACUGAGACAGGGCCUGUCUUCCUGCAGCUUCCAGGAUCCAGCUUUCCUUCUUUGGUGUGGCCUUGUAGCGAGUGCCUGGGCAGUUGUUUUUUCCUUGGUUUUACCCAGUGCCAGGAGUUCAGUUUUUUCCUCAAAUACCUCUGUGCUCUGGGUCCCACUUUCCCCAGAUGAACACCUAGUUCCAGAGAGGACUAGGAUGCCCCCUCAUUAGCAGAAUGAAUGGAAUCCGGCCCACUUGCUAGAGCCAUUUUCAGUGCUGUGAUUUGUAUUAAAUAUGAAGUGGUAAUUCCUAAGCAAGCAUUCCUUUUGCUCUUCAAGACCUCACAACACACUGACAUAUAGGUUGGGCAGGCUACACUUGGAGCACAAUGAAGAGUGGGUUUAAGAAAUCACUAGUUUAAACCAGACUUCUAGAGGGGAUAGUUAACAAACCAGUGCUUAUUUACAAAUAAACUAAUGUGCUAACUUGCAGGGACUGUCACUGAAACAAGGCCCUGGAACAGCUUCCUGGCAAAAUUCUUCCUAUAUACUUGAAAAUAUGUACACUGGAAACUACCACACCGAGUUUAUGAGCUCAAAGCUGACUGUAAUUCUGGAAACCGGGGUGGGGCGUAGAGGAGGGAGAGGAAGUGGCCCAGUGGUCACCUAGAGGACACCGAGCUUGUUAGGUAACAUACCAAGCCUACCAGGCAGGUGAGCAUGCCCGGCCUCCUGGCUCGUGCUGCCAACCAGGUAGGCAGGGACUGACGAGAGGGCUAGACGUCGACAUGUCGCAAUUCACAGAGGACGGUUAACACUGAGGCUCCAUUUCACACACAGAAUUUGACAAAAUACUUCAACUAUGGCCAGGCCAGGGGGCAAGGUCAGUCAUUCUCACGGACUGCUGACGGCAACGUAAUGUGAUUCGGGUCUUUGGAAGGCUAAUCUGUAUCGAGCCAUAAACACGCCAUACACUUCGACUUAGUGAUCUUACUCUAAAGAAAUAAUCCAAUAGAAAAAUAAACCACUUACAAAUAUGUUUAAUGACAGCAGUUUUUCAAAAUAAUAAUAAUAAAAAAAGUUGAAAUGCCCAACAAUUAUGUUUAACACUUGGUAUGCAUAUUGAUAAAAGGCAGUGCUGAGUAAACACUGGA